AAUAUUUAGAGAUAUUUCUGAUUAAACAGCGUGUCCUUAAACGUGAUGUUACACUGUGUUCAUAUACAAACACAUGAAUCAUCGUCGUUUCUUUCCUAACACCAUCCGAAAAGGAGACGAACAUCAACUGUCAUAAGCUCGGGUUUUCAAAUUCAAAAUGGCCGGCUGUGUUUCGGUCCCUCGUUUUUUAGUAAUAUUACUCUGUGUUUUAUGUGGAUGCGUGGACUGUGAUCAUGAGUUUAAACCUGAUUUACUGACAUCAGCAGCAUUACGAGCCAAUAAAGUCAUUCACGCGCGCAAUAAACAGUUCUUACGAGAAAAUGUACCUGAAGAAUUGUAUUCACUAAAUUCGAGAGAUAUAAAAACUAGGACAGCUAUCGGUGAAUUAUUCAGACAAGAGCAAGGAAAUCUUGGAGCUGUUGUUGGAAUCUACAAUGUAUCGGAUAGCUGUUUUAACCAUACCGGGAUGGUGACAGCCGGGAUAGCGAAUGGAGAUACGUGGGCACUGCAAUUUCUUGACGCUUUCGGGAAAAUACCGCCCGGAUUACUGAGCGGGAAUAUGUACUUUCUCGGUUCCUACGAUGAAUGUCUGGAAAUAAGGUACGACAACUCUUCCGACCCAGAUAACGUGUUCAGGGGGCAGCACUGUACUGCGUGGAUUCCGAUUCAGACACAACAACCCCCAUCUCUAUAUGGAUACCCCUCCUUCACGGUAGGCAUGUGCUUUCCCAGUACUUGUUCCGCGUAUGACGUCAUGGCAUAUUUAAACACAGCCUUAUCACAAUUACCGACCGGAAACGGAAGUCUGCCUUUGUUUGCCUACGUUCAAGAAUGUCACGUGGAGGGAGAAGUUUUCGAUUACGACGCUAAGGCUAUUGGCGCAUUCGUCCUGAUUGGUGUAAUCCUGUUGAUGAUGCUGAUAGGCACGACCUAUGACGUGUUGGUGUUCCAGUGGGGUCCUUGGUCACGCGCUACCCUUGUGGAUUAUCCAUUGACAAGUGAACGAAACAUAUCUGAGAAGACACCUUUAGUUGGUGACCAUAUACCAUCGGCCAGUUACGUGGGUGAACCAGGUAUUAUAGGCCGGAUCCUGGUUGCUUUCUCUGUCUACUCGAAUGGUGAGAAGCUUCUUAGUACCAAACAGGGGCCUGGUUCUUUAACAGCGGUCAACGGCAUCCGGGUUAUCAGCAUGUUUUGGGUCAUUCUAGGUCACUCCUACGUCUUUCCUCAAGGCGUUGCAAACAAUUAUGGAGAUUUCCUGAGCAAAAUGUCAAAGAGGGAGUCCUUCCAAGCCAUUAUGAAUGCCCUUGUUUCUGUGGAUACUUUUUUUGCUUUGAGUGGACUUCUGCUUUCCUAUUUAACCUUGCGUGAAAUGCAAAAGAACAACGGGAAGAUAAAUUGGGCGAUGUUCUAUUUCCACAGAUUCUGGAGACUCACUCCUGCCUAUAUGAUGGUCCUCUUUGUCAACGUGAGUCUAGCACGGUACUGGGGUGAUGGACCUCUAUGGCCUAAAGAUGGAUUUGAACAGAAUUAUUGCGAAGACACGUGGUGGAGAAAUCUGCUUUAUAUCAAUAAUAUGUACGACUUUGGUGGAAUGUGUAUGAGUUGGUCCUGGUACCUGGCUAACGACAUGCAGUUCUUCGUCCUAAGUCCUCUGAUGCUGAUUCCAUUAUAUCUGUCGCAGACCAUUGGACUGGCAGUGUGUAUUAUUUUUCUAUUGGGGACCAUGACAGCCACAGGUGUUAUCACGACUAAUGAGGAUUUACCUGUGUCCGGCUUUUCUCCGUCCAUCUCUGACCCAUCCAAGCUGAAUGCUUACUUCGAAGAAUAUUACAUCAAACCCUACUGCCGAAUGGGCCCAUACAUUGUCGGAAUAAUGACAGGAUAUGUUUUGUAUAAGACCGAAGGAAAAUUCAGAAUGAAUAGAGCAUUGAAUUUGCUGUGUUGGAUAAUUGCGGCAGUAUUAGCGUGUCUGUGUCUAUAUGGUCUGUACGAGGAAAACAAGGGAACAGCAGAUUUUAAUACAGAAGUUCGCUCCCUUUACAACACUCUCCACAGGAGCGUUUGGGGAGCAUGCGUGUGUUGGGUGAUAUUCUCAUGCGCAAACGGAUACGGAGGUUUUGUGAAUCAGCUGCUGUCGUGGAAGGCGUUCCUACCCCUUGGUAGAUUGACUUACUGUGCCUACCUCGUACACCCGAUUGUCCUGUACUGUUUUAUAUACAACCGUCGUGUCUCCCUUUACAUGGAUGACAUCACAAUGGUGUACAUUUUCCUUGCCACUCUUGUAGCCGCAUAUUCAGUUGCCUUCGUUGUCUCCCUUGCAUUCGAAUCACCUAUGAUGGGCUUGGAGAAGGUCAUAUUUAAAAGGAAACAACGAUAGUUAAAAGGCAAGCACUGCCGCAAACAAUGCAAUGUUUGGUACAGAUAGUGUACGGGCAAUAAGUUUGAUAUUAUGACAUGGGAUGUAAGGACUUUAAUCCAUACCCCGUGUGCGCCAAAGACAGCAAAAUAACACUUGUUCACUGUUUUUGUGUGUGUUUUCAUAUAGAGAUAAGUAAGGCAUGUAUCAGAUUGUAUAUGAGACAAAAGUUCUAAUUAAAGUGAAUAUCGAAUA